GCAGAGACUGUUAUUUAUUUGCGGAGAGCAUCUUCCUGAUAAGACUUGAGUUAUAUUUCCGUACUGUGGUAGAAAACGUGUUGCCUCUGCAAUUAGACGAACACACAGAAAUUAUUUCUCUCUACGUGCAGUGUUGGAGGACAAAUGGCCCCACGUGCUGCAUUCAAAUUCCAGUAAUGAUUAGAGGAAAAUUAAAGUAGACAAUACGCUUUCUGUUUUUGACGCCUGACCACAGCACACAAGUUACAUUAUAACUGUCCUGGAUUAGUGCAAGCCUGAAAUGAUUUAUGAUUUGAUUUCCAUCCAGUUCAAGUAUGACAGGAAGUCCCAACCAUAAACAAGAUGAAGCCCAUCUUAGGCACUCAGUGGUUCAUUUCAAGAGCUACUUGCAUGGAGGGACCUCCAGCUUGCUGUCCACCAUCCCCACCCUUGUCGUUUUUCCUGUGUACAAGACUGUUUUCCGUCAACAAAUCCACAACACCCCAGUUCACCAGGCAGUGGGUCAGCUCUUCAAAGAGGGACCUGUAAAGCUCUACAGGGGCGUGGCCCCACCAUUACUGAUGAGGACUCUGAAUGGCACGAUGCUCUUUGGCCUGCAAGACACCCUCCUCCGCCAACUCUCCCUGUCAUCCCAAAAUGUCAUCCCCACAUCUGCUCUGCCUGCUCUGGCUGGGUUUGGUGCAGGUGUGGUGGAAGCUGUGGUGUUUACCCCCUUUGAGCGUGUCCAAAAUGUGUUGCAGAAUGGGCAGAACGACCGUCACCUACCCACCCUGAAGAGUGUUCUUGUAAGGCUGAGGGCACAGGGGCCGACCUUAGGGUACUACAGGGCCUUUCUGCCCAUCACAGUCCGCAAUUCUCUGGGCAGCUCCCUCUACUUUGGCCUGAAGGAGCCUGUAUGUGCCGCCGUGGCGGGACAGGGGCUCUCACCAGUGGCCGCCUCCUUCGUCUCAGGGACGCUGACCUCCAUGGCAAUCAGCUUAGCUCUGUACCCACUCUCUGUGCUAGUGGCAAACAUGCAGGCACAGGUGGGACGGGAGGUGAAAGGGGUCAUGGCUUGUUGGAGGAUGCUGUGGAAAUCUCGACAGCAGAGUGUGGCUCUGCUAUACCGAGGAGGUUCUCUUGUUAUUCUGAGAUCGUGUAUCACGUGGGGAAUCACCACCGCUAUCUAUGACAGACAGGAAAAACGUUCAGGCUGAGGAGACGGAGGAAAUCUCUAAAGGAUAUUAAAUUUACAAGUUGAAAAUAGUCUUUUUAAAUUUGUUUUUAAUAUUCAUUACUGUGAAGUGCUCCCUUGAAAAUUUAACCAGACCGCAGCUCAUCUUUAUUCAGGUGCUUUGACCAAUCAACAGGAGUCCAGUAGGCAAAAGUACAUGAUCCAUCAUCUGGUUCAAACCAACGUACACUGCCAAUUUUGUGUGUCAGAAUACACCAGCAUGGUGGAAGCACCACUACCAGGAUCUCUGCCAGGUGGUGGGUGAGUAUCUAUUAUGAGCCAAAGUUCACUAGAAAUAUGAACAUGCUGGUGAAUCACAAUUUCCCUAUAUUGUCAUAGCGUUAUGGGGGAACUUCACCUGACACCUAUAAUAGUUCACCUAUAAGGUCCUCUACCACUUUUACUUUUAUAAGAAUUUCAUGCAUUUCUGCCUUUAUUAACAUAGUAGAACGUAUAAAUAACAGGGAAAGAAUUGAGAUAGAGGAUCCAACGUCCAACAAAAAUCUCCUGCCCGGAGUUUCCUAAAGUCUGAUGAUCCUGUCAUGAUUAUCUCAAUUUAGGCUUAAAGACAACAACUUUGAGAAGAAAUGAUUCCACCAUUUAUUGCCAUAUAAAACCAACAGUUGAUUGGAAUCUGUUUCAUUGUGCUCAUCAACAGCAAACAUAUAAACACACAGUACACACAUGAAGUGACCACAAAAAAACUCAGUCACAAGUGCAAUACAAUAAACAGUUAGUGCAACCAUAUUGCCCAUGCCCUUAAAGUGUAGAUUAAAGUGCAUGUGCAUGUUUAGGAUGUGGAUAACUUCAGGGUAAGUGCUACUGUUCUUAAUACUAUGGAGUCUUCUACUCAAAGGGAGAUGAUUAAAGGGGGGGUUAACCAGGUGUGAGAAGUCCUUUUGAAUUUUAAAACCUGAAUGCAGAUGUGAUACUGUUUAAAGAUGCUGGUGAGUUUGCAGCCAAUUAUUUUUUAAGCUGUACGCACGAUUCUGUCCAGCAGUUUUUUGUUGUGGGCUCAAGAAUUGCCAACAGGAAGCCUGCAGAUGUGGGUUCUGUUGAUUGUGGAUGUAGUUAUUUACAAGGAGUGAAGGAUCUAACAAAAUUGGUUGCAGUAUGGGAAAAGUAGAAUCCAUAAUUUUUAGGUCUGGAGCCAUACAAGGGACUACAAGUCAAGAUAUCUCAGCCUCUGCUGCAUUUAUUUUGACCAUCUGUAUCUUGGGAGUAUCUCAGCUUCAUGGAAGUGAAAUACAAAAAGUACAUGAAGGAGAUGAUUGGUGUAUAGUCAAGACAUUAUUUCAUUUACUAUAUGAUAUAGCUACUGUAUAUAUGAAUUGAGAUUAAUAUUGAUAAGUUAGUAGUCAGUGACUCAGGGGUCAUCACUGUUGCCUUACAGCAAGUUCUCAUGUCAGCAUGUGUGUCCACAGCAGGUGGGAUGAAACCUGUCCCCCAGUAUGGGACAAGCCACUGGAUGUUUAUUAUUCACAAUGUAGCCCAUUUAAAUAUGUCUUUGUUUGACUGUGAAAGAAAAAUGUCCACUGUCUUUCUGUAAUCUCAACAUAUACCUGUAAAAUCAUCACAUAAUAAUAUUCCAGUUGCUGCAGAAAAUAGUUUUUUUUU